AUGACCGAAGGACUUUAUGGAUUUAGCCAGCAGGUCCAGGUAAAAAUGACAAGAGGUGCAUUCUCGUCUGCGGACGAGACAUCCAAGAAACUACUCACGGAAGAUACUAGGUGGCCGUCCUAUACAGAGUCGUCGGUCUCUGGUGAUGCUGCACGCCAUAAAAAUAGUACAGAAGUCCGAGAAUCUUUUGACUCUUUCGACUUAGAUGAAGACAACCCGUUCGCGGAUCCAGAAGUUGCAGAACGCUAUGCUUUGCUAUACGACAAGGCUCAGUAUGAGUGCCGCCACGUUUUCGAUCCCACUUUCACCUGGACGCCUCAGGAGGAAAAGAGGUUGGUGCGUAAGCUGGACUGGAAUGUUUGUCUAUGGGCGGUAAGAGGAGAGAUCUUGAUCAAUUUUAGCUAA